GAUGAAUGUACAGAUGAGAAGCCAUGUGGAGAAAAUACAGUCUGCACAAACACAAAUGGGAGCUACUACUGCCAAUGUGAAGGUGGUUUCAGACACCCAACAGGGAAGGUGAAUUUUACAGUUGGUGCAUGUAUAGAUAUUAAAGAAUGUUUGGAAAUCAAAGACAUCUGUGGACUUAACGCCAAAUGUAAGAAUGCAAUCCCCUAUUACUCGUGCACCUGUGAUGAUGGAUUCAUUUCUACUACUGGGAAUAAAACCUUUCGUCAUGAUCAAAAUGCUACAUGUGAAGAUAUUAACGAAUGUCAUAAAGGAAAUCCCUGUGGUCAGAAUGGAUUAUGUAACAACACACAAGGCAGUUAUUACUGCAUGUGCAACGCAGGGUUCACUAACUAUGGCAACAAAACGGCACGCUGCACUGAAUUAAACUGUGAUGUUUUCAAAGAUAUAAAUGAUGUGAAAGAGAGAUUUCAUAUUGCAGAUGGCUUAGUGAAUUACAUGGAAAAAACCUGUCAGGAACUCACAAACAACAAAAGACCGGUAGAGCUGAAUGGAGAGGAGACUCUAAAGAGAUUCCUGAAUAUGACUGAUGAGCUCUUGUCCAGUGCAUUUCUUAAUUAUAAAAGGAAAGUUUCAGACUUUCUUGACUUGGUGGGAAAUGCUCUGAGACUCAUAGGACCCUUCACUAAAUCUUCAAGGAUUUAUAUCUCCUCAACCCAGACAGAGCUGGACAUGUUUGUACACAAGGGGCCUGUUAUACCUAAAGGAAACAUAACAUUAUCAACUAAGCAUGCUAACUUGGACAUCCAGAUGGAGAUAGCUACUGGAGAUCCUGCCUAUUACCCCGGCUUUACAACAGUGUCCUUGAUGAGCUAUUCAAACCUGGAAAACUCUACAGAUGGCUUCUUUGAUGGGAUGAAAUCACAAAAGAACCAGAGCUUUAAGAUAAACUCCAAAGUGGCGACUGUCACUGUCAGCAACAGAAAUACAAGCCACCUCAAAACGCCAGUUAACCUAACUUUAAACCACCUAGAAGAACAGGCAAAUCAGACAUUCCACAUCUGUGUGUUCUGGGAUUCCUCAGUGAAUGGAGGAUCAUGGUCUGAUCGUGGUUGCGGUGUGGCAGAGUCAAACCUGGAAUAUACUUCCUGUUCCUGUAACCACCUGGGAACCUUUGCUAUAUUCACGGCUUACAAUGAAAUUAAGGAGAAGUUUGAGUUUCAUCUGAUCAUAUGGGUGUUCCUGUCCAUUUCACUGAUUUGCUUAUUCAUCUCCAUCUUGACAUUCUCAAUGAUCCGCUCUAUUAAAAGUCCAAGAACCACCAUCCACCUGCAUCUCUGCAUCAGCCUCUUCAUUGCAAACCUUGCCUUUCUAGCAGGAAUCUCUCAUUUUGAGAACCAGGAUAGCUGCACAGUGGUGACAGGGAUCCUGCAUUUUUCCUAUCUGGCAACAUUUUUAUGGAUGUGUCUGGACAGUGUACAACUGUUCAGGAUGAUAAUGCUUGUUUCGAACACCAACUUUAAAACCCUCCACAUGAUGGCAGCUGCCUAUGGAGUUCCAGCUGUUAUUGUUGCCAUCUCUGCCUUAGCUAAUUCCAGGGGACAUGGCACUGAGAGAUACUGUUGGGUAACCCAGGGAUUUAUUUGGAAUUACUUUGGCCCUGCAUGUGUAAUCAUCAUUGUAAACAUUUUCUUCUUUUUCAUAACUGUAUGGAAGUUAGCACAGAAGUUCUCAAGUGUAAACCCUGACCUGGAUGACCUGCACAAAAUAGAGGCAUUCACCAUUAGUGCAGUGGCUCAGCUAUUUGUAUUGGGCAACACCUGGAUCUUUGGUUCUUUCCAGUUUCAGGAAAACCAUACAGCCAUGGCUUACCUCACCAUCUUUGGCAGCCUGGAAGGAGUUACACUCUUUGCAGUGUAUUGUCUGUUUUCCAGGCAGGUGAGGGAAGAGUACAAACACGCCUUGACCAGAAUGUGUGCUCCUCGGAAGAAGAGUGACAGAAAAGCUCGUGUUUCGAAGAGUGCCCAGGAUACAAGAGAAUGUCAACUUUGAGGAGCUAGAAAGUAAUAUAUAUAUAUGUGUGUGUGUGUGUGUGUGUGCAUAUACAUUUAUAUCACCUGCCAGAUAAAAACUGCUGACAUAUAUAUUUCAGUUUUUGUACUGGACAAAUAUCUCUUAAGCAAUCUUAUAAAAGUGGAGGGAUGAUGACUUUGUAUACUUGCUGAUAUCUGUAGAAUUCCCCUGGUCAUUUCUGAAGCGGAAAUUUCUGAAGAUGUCAAAAGGGUUUUUGUACCAGGCUGUAAAUAUGCUUUUUAAUGCUAUAAAAUUUGCCUUUUUAACAUAGUCUAUGCAGACUGACUCCCCUUUUGGAAUCAACUUCUUGUGUCAUCUAGAGGAACUGCAAUAGUUGCAAUUUCUGCUUUGACUUCAUUUUCAAGCAGCCGAGGUUUACCCUAACCUCAGUCAUAUUUACCAUCACCCUGUUGUUGGUUAAACUAAUCAUCUUUUUUUUUUGCCUGAAUUUAUAUUCAGUUAACUGUUGGUUCUGUAAUGUUGUUGUGUUACCUACCACUAGUUGGGGCUCCCACUCCCUUCUCUGUACAGGGAAAAUAUAAAGGGUGCAGCACUUGAGAAGUUCUAUGUAUGCUUUCAGAGUAAAUUGAAAUAUAACCACUCAGCAGAAACUACAUGCAACAUGCGGAUGCUAGCUCACCAGAAAGGAAGGCUGAUGGUGUUUGCAGAUAAGACAGUAACACUAACAGUAACUUCACUCAGGACACACAUCUGGCAUCCUGUGUUUGAAAUAUUAUGAACAGUGAAGGUCGACCAGGUUCAUUUUUCUUUUGUGUAAUACAGUUGCAAAGAGCAUUUAUAAUGUACAAAUUAAGAAAUAUGAAUAAUUAGGUAUCCUUGUUUUGAAUGAGAGCUUUUGUGAUUUGUUUAUAUUACAUUUUGACACCAAUAUAUAAUUUAUGUAAUAUCUAUCUAUAUCUAUAGAU